AUGCGUGAACGGGAUAUCCCUUACACAGCAGUGAGCACCCCUAGUGGUAUGCUUUGGGAGUGGCUAGUGAUGCCACAGGGGCUGAGUAACGCCCUUGCAACGUUUCUACAGAUGUGUCUGUUGCGAUCGGUGCGCGAUUUCGUACCGAGUUACUUCAAAGAUGACUUCGUCCAUAGCCGGGCUAUGGAUGGAAAGACGGAUAAAGGGGUUCAUAGAAUCCACGUCCGGAAGGUUCUUACACUAAUGCGAGAGCAUAAGUUGUUCGCGAACCUCAAGAAGUGUAUAUUCGCAGCGAACGAAAUACCACUUCUUGGCUCCAUCGUGGGUAAAAACGGUGUACGCCCUGAUCCAGAAAAUACCAAGGCGAUUAGCGACUGGCCUGUGCCAGUCGACGCCAAGGGACUUCAAAAGUUCAUUGGCUUAGCGGCGUACUUGCACAAAUACUCGCGCAACUAUGCCGAGAUGAUCGUACAUCUCUCUCGACUGCUGAAGAAAAAAAAUGAGAGGUAG